AGCGCAAUGGCGAUAGGACGGUUCGUUCCGGUGGUUCCGUCGAUAGGUUUGUUCUCCUUAGUGAUCGUAGUGUCAAUUCUUGGUGCUCAGUCGGAGCCAAAGAACCCUUUGGAGGUACAAGCGUGUAGAGAUGGUGCAGGUGGAUGUGUAGCAUCUACGAGCUGCAAUGUUCCCACUUUCCGGUUGCGUGAUGAUGGGUGUCCAUCCGAUCUGGUGUGCUGUCCUUUGCCAACAAUUACCCAUGGAAAUUUAAAAAUUGUAUCUCCAGCAAAAAACUAUCAAACGACUACCGAGGAGCCAGAACACUCUGAUCCGGAUGAGGAAACAGUAACUGAGAGUAUCUACGACGAUGUUGUCAGUGAGAGGCAGCAUCAACAUUCUCUGGCUGCAGCUGUCCAUACUAGGAUUCAAAUACCCUCCAGUGUUGCCUCUACGUACACUAGAAAUGGAAUAGAAUCUCCAGAUGAAACAGAAAGGGCUGAUAGUUAUAUGAUGCCUUGGAUGGCAUUAAUAUUCUCUACGCACCAUUGUUGCAAUCGAGCCCUCAUCAGCAGCAACGGAGUGCUGACCAUUAAUGGUUGCUGGGAAAAAUGUAAAGGGAGAGCCACAAACUGGACCGUUCGCCUUGGUAGACGGUAUUCAACCACAACUGAAAAGUACAUAGACCAGUCUGUGUUAAACAUACGCAGAUCUUUAAGGCAUAUAGAUGAACAAUCAGUUAGAGAGCAUCAUUUUGCACUACUUCUGCUGGAAGGUGCUGUUGAGAUUAACCAGCGCAUUCAUCCAAUAGGGUUACCACUGGCUACUGACGCUUUUAACAGUGAAACUGUAAACAUUAUGUACACUGGAAGGGGAAGUCUCACAAACCAAAACAACAAAACUGCCAUCAAGACGAUUCAGCUGGAAAUGUUUGAAAAGAAUCAAUGUCAGGAAGAAUAUGUGUGUGUAAUACCCAAGGAUCGUGAGGAUGCUGCAUGGUUGAGUAGGAGCAAACUCGGUUCUCCAGUAGUGAUUGAGUUAGUCACCACUAGUGACAGCAGCCGUCAUUACAUACUUCUAGGUUUGAUUGCAAAGAAAACAGGCCACACUGGGCGUGUGAUGCUGUCAAAAGUGUCUCACUUUCAACCGUGGAUAAAUAGCGCUUUGCAGCGCACGGUGGGCCUCAGUAACGUUCAACUUAAGCAUAAGUUAGUAGACUUAAACUUAAGUGUAGUUAGUCGGUAG